AUGCAAAGUCUUUGUGUUCCUCCUCUACACUUUCCGGCCACCGCACUCCGCCUCCGUCAGUAUCCGAAGUCCCCCAUUCGUACGGUGAGAGCUGAGCUCAGAGAAGAGAAUGACCCGUUGAUUCAGUCAGCUAUUGAAUCAGCAUCUCUUCGUCUUCGAGAAACCAAUCGAGCAGAGCCUCUAUUCAUCGACCCUUAUGCGGCUUGCUUCGUACCUCCUUAUACGAAUAAGGAAUCGAACAUCCAUAAACAGCAACAACAUUACUGUCUUGCAACAAAGUUCAUAGAUGACAAGUUGUUACAUACAGCUAAACGCAUUGAUGGACUAAAGCAGGUUGUCUUGUUCACAGAUGGCAUGGAUACUCGACCUUACAGGCUUAACUGGCCAACUUCGACUAUGAUCUUUGAUGUUUCACCACAAAACGUUUUCGAAUUCUCAUCUGACAAGCUUCAAGGUGUGGGAGCUAGGAUCCCUAAAGGUUGCAUGUUCUUUCACAUUCCUGUAGAAUCCGGAAACAUAGAUCAAUGUUUACGAGACAAAGGGUUUAGCGGGAAUCGGCCAAGUAUAUGGGCAAUGCAGGGCUUACCUAUUGACUCACAAUCGCAUUUGGAAGCGAUUCUCUCAGCCAUUAGUAGCUUGGCCAUGAAUGAAUGCUAUCUAAUUGGAGAAUUGCCUACAAAUAUCACACUCCAUGAGUCAGAUUUAACAAAGUGGAUGGAGAAAAUGUUCAUGAGCAAUGGUUUUCGGGUGAAGAUAGUUAGCUAUGAAGAGAUCGCUGUGAGUUUAGGCGUUGUGUUACAUUCUUCAGGAAACCAUGACACGGUUCUGUUUAUAGCGCAACAGCUCAGGUUUUCAGAUGAUCAGAUGGAGAAAUGGAGACAGGAGUUUCAGAGAGUGGAAGAAGAUGGUGAUGAACAAGGAUUUGACGAGCUAUGA